AUGGAUGAAGAAGAGAAGAAGACGAGAGAGACCCAAACCAUGGACGUUGCCCUAUCCAUCGCCCAACUGGAGGAUAUGGGCGAUGCGUCAAUGGGAUUCUGUAUUAUAGAGCUUGUCUUCUUGGUGAUGAUCAAGAAAGGUUCUAGUCAGCUUUAUAUGAUACCUUAUGAGGGAAGGGUAGCCUUAGUUGCUCAUGAUUAUCAUGUUGUUAAACUUUAUAUUUUGAAAGAUGCACAUGGGCACGAAUGGAAACGCUUUAUUUUUAAUGUGCCAUCUGAGAGGGUGCGGAUGGAAUCUAUGCGUUUCAGGGGUACUACAGAUGCUGAUUUUAUCCCUGAGAGAUUCCUAGACAAGAGCAUUGAAUAUAUGGGGAGCAAAGGGUACGCACCAUUUGGUUUUGGUCGUAGGAAUUGUCCCGGUAUGGCUUAUGGUAAUGCGUUGCUAGAGGAGAUUAUGGCGAAUCUUCUCUACCGAUUUGACUGGAAGAUUCCUGAUGGCUCUAAACCGGAAGAGCUUAACAUGGAGGAGAUUUGCCAAUUUGUUGUCGCAAAGAAGUACCCUCUCAAGCUGGUUCCUGUUACAAGGUUUUAG